AAUAAUAUUAUUUUAUAAUGAACGAGUUUUAUGUUUCUUUAGAAGGAAAGUAUUGUAAGACUUGUUUUUCCUGUGAUUUUAUAGUCUUUCGAAAUUGUUCACUAAAAGUUAAUAUUUCUAAAUUAAGCAGAUAAAAAAUUGUUUAUAAAAUGAGCAAAAAGCAAGCAACCUUGUUUCAGACUUGGACUCGGAGUCUGAGCCAAGUAGGAAAGUCUGACCCAGAAUUUCGAAAUCUGACGGGAAAGGGAAACGGUAGAAUUGACACUAGCGUUAGAACAAAUAGCAGUUUAACUUCAACGAGAAAUAAUUUUGAUACAUCUGAAAUAUGGAACGAUUGCUUUGUGACAGAAAGCGAUGAUGAAAAUGACAAAGCUCUUGUUCAAGCAAUGGAGGAGAGUCUGUUGGAAUAUAAGAAAGAAAACUGCGUAAGUUGUAAUAAUCAGGUUUCACAGAGUAAUAAUAAAACUAGUGCAUUUGAAGCGGAGAGUAGUUCUGCUUAUUUUGGGGUUAACAGAAAAGGAUCUUCUCGUGGGUGUAAUCUUAGUUCUUACAAUUUGGUCGAAUGCAUUGAUGAUAAUGAAAAUAAUGAAAUUUUUAUGCAAGCUGUUGAGAAGAGUAUGUUAAAUGAUGAACAUACAUUAAAUAACACGUGGAAAUCAAGUUACAGUGUAACAGGAGUAAUAACAAAACAAAUACCAAGUAGUACACCUUUAGAAAAUCUUCCAGGAUUUGACACAGAAGCAGGGAAAACCUGGAUUUACCCAACAAAUUAUCCAUUUCGUGAUUACCAGUUUAAAAUUGUUCAAGAAGCACUGCUGAAAAAUACUCUAGUCAUUCUACCAACUGGGUUAGGCAAAACCUUUAUUGCUGCUGUAGUGAUGUACAACUUUUAUCGAUGGUAUCCUAGUUGUAAUAUUGUUUUUAUGGCUCCAACUCGUCCUUUAGUGGCACAGCAAAUAGAAGCAUGCUUUAAAAUAAUGGGUAUUCCUCAAGCAGACACUGUAGAAAUGACAGGAAGUAUGCUGCCUCAAGAAAGAAAGCUUGCUUGGGAAACAAAGCGGGUUUUUUUCUUGACUCCUCAAGUGAUGAUGAAUGACCUAAGUCGGGGGGUGUGCCUAGUCAGCAAUGUGAAGUGUAUAGUGGUAGAUGAAGCACACAAAGCUUUAGGUAAUCACUCAUACUGUCAGGUGAUAAAAGAGUUAAUAAACUGUUCAAAGCAAUUUAGAGUACUGGCUUUAAGUGCUUCACCAGGAAGUGAUCUGAUGGCAGUUGGAAAAGUGCUAAAAAAUUUACUAAUUGCUCAUGUAGAAAUGCGAGCUGAAGAUUCACCUGAUGUUGUACCUUAUACACAUGAGAGAACUAUUCAGAAGAUUGUGGUCCCACUAGGGGAAGAGGUGAAAUAUUUUCAGAAUUUGUUUCUUUCUGUCAUUAAUACAUAUUUAAGAAGAUUAAAUCAGCAAGGAGCCUUGGCAUGCACAGAUCCAUCCAGUUUGUCCAAGUUCAAGGUUUUAAAAUUAAGAGAAGCAUUUAAACAAAAUCCCCAUGAUAGAAUACCUCGUAACUUACAUGGAUUUAUUCAUGCUAAUUUUUCUUUAUGUAUUACACUGUAUCAUGCAUAUGAACUUUUGUUAUUACAUGGAAUGACAUCCUUUUUUAAUUUUCUUCAAGGUGUGAUUUCUGGUGAAAAAUCACAAGCUCGUGUUAAAACCGAAUUGAUGAAAAAUGCAGAAUUUGUAAAAAUGAUGGAAAAUUUAAGGAACAAGUUUCAGAAUGGCACUGUUGAAGAUUGUUUUCAGUCGUGUAAUGCAAAGUCAAACAUUAACCGUGGAAACCUUUUUCAGGAAACAGUAAAAGAUUCAGAAAUGCAUGCAAAUUUAAAUUUCAUUGGACAUCCUAAACUAACAAAAUUAAAAGAAAUAGUUAUAGAACACUUUGAAAAAUGUCAGUCAGAAGCAGGAGAAGGAAACCCAGUUAAUACACGUGUCAUGAUAUUUUCACAGUACAGAGAUAGUGUAAAUGAAAUUACAGAGUUAUUAAAUUUGCAAAGACCUUUGAUCAAAGCAAUGAGCUUUAUUGGACAGACUUCAACAAAUAGAAAUAGCAAAGGUUUCACUCAGAAACAGCAGACAAAGAUUAUAAAGGAAUUUAGGGAAGGAGGAUACAAUACUCUAGUUGCAACUUGUGUUGGUGAAGAAGGCCUUGAUAUUGGAGAGGUAGAUCUCAUUGUAUGUUUUGAUGCACCUAAAUCUCCAAUCAGACUCAUUCAGAGAAUGGGUCGUACGGGUAGAAAACGUCAGGGUAAAAUUGUAAUCCUAGUUACAGAAGGAAAAGAAGAACAGGCAUAUAAUCAAAGUCGUUAUAGUAAGAAAAGUAUUCAUAAAGCUAUAAUCAGUGGUAGAGCAUUUCAAAGUUUGUAUCCUCACAACCCACGUAUGGUUCCCAAAGAGGUAAAUCCUGUUUGUCAUAAAAUGUUUAUGACUGUUGAUACUUAUAAAGCACAGAAUGUAAAUACACGAAAAAGAUUUUUAAAAGAUAUUUGCCAGAAAAAUGGUAAACUAAAUCCAGGUAAUAGUAAUUCGAUAUUAAAUGCUGAAGAACUUUUGUUUUGGAAUACACAUCUCAAGAUACCUGAAAAUGAUAUCUCAGUUUUGGAUGCACCUUCAUCAUUUGUGACUCUUCCAGCGGCUGCAAAUAAUAUUUCAGGAUGUCACAAAACAAGGAAAAAACUCUCUCUGUCUGAAUGGAUACCAUGGCAAAAUGUAAAACAGCAAACUCAUUUUGUUGAGCAUUCAUCAAAAACUCAGAAUUUAGUUGAAAUCAUGCAAUUUAUGGAAUUACAGGAACAAUUAGGACCUAACAAUGACCUCUAUGGGCUAGAAAUGAAAGUGUAUCUGAGACCAGAUGAUGUAUUGCAACCAGGUGAGAAAAAUGAGUUCAGCAGCAAAAUAAGAAUGUUUAUGAAACCUGAUGGAAGAAAUUUGGUGCAGAAAUAUAUACAAAGACCAGAAAGUGAACCAAAACAUGAAACUUUUAAUGCAUUUGUUGGGGAAAAUUGUAAAAAGAAAAAACUGAUGCAAAAUACAUUGCAGGAAAAAACAAAGAAAAAAUCUAAAGCAAAACUAAGUGAAGAAAAUAAUGGAACUAAAGAAGGUAAAACACAACAAGAUAAAAAUUCUGUGAAACCAAUACAGCAUUUAACAGCUUUAAUAGAUGAUGAAGAUAAAGAUUUCAAAGUUCCAGUGAAACAACUUCCAGAUUCAGCAGAGCUUUCAACUAAUGGUAAAAGUAGAUCAAGUAAAGAGGAACGGUGUACUUCUUGCAUAAAAGAACAUGUGCCUGAUGUUGAGCCUGUACUUGUGAAUCCAUGCCAGGAGGAGACAUCUAUUGAUACAGAAAUGCUAGAAAAUCUGGCAAUUUCAGCUGUAGAUAAUACUUACAGUAUUAGUAAAGAAAGUAGUCCUGUUUUUGAAUCUAAAGUUAAAGAACCUCCUUCAUUAGAUGAUAAUGUAUUUUCACCAGAAAAGAGUAUGCUAUCACCUGUUAAUCUGGACGAGGUUGUCACUUUUAAUAAUUUUAUGAUCCAAGAAGUACAAAAAUCUGAAAAGUCUUCUAAGGAUUUGGGUGUGUCUAAAGACAUCUCUCUGGCACCUGAAUGCAAUCAACAUGAGAAAUUUCCACCAAAGACAAAUGCUUCUUUGUCAUUGACCCAAAAUGAGAAACUGUUCUUAAAAGAAGGUACAAGUGUUUCACCAAAUAAUCAGAAAUUGUUUACUUUUAAUUACAAGGUUUAUAUUUCUUCUGAAAAGGUUAGUGAUUUUUCAUCAGAAAUUUCAGGUGUUAUAAAUAGUGGAUCUGUUGCCACUAAUGUAAACAAAAAUAAUUGUUCCUCUACAGUACUAAAUAAACAGAAUGUAAAGGGCAUAAAUGAUAUGGUGAUUACACCUGAAAGUAAAAAUGAUCUUUUUAGUUUGCUGAGUGAACCAGGAUGUGUAGGUAAGGAUGUUAUGGACAUAAAUAAUAAACCCAAAUGCACAAGAAGAAAGGCUUUUGAUGGGAAUAGUAAACCAGAAUUUUCAGAAGAUGAUUCUGUAGAUGUGAAUAGUAAACUAGAAUACUCAAGAAAGAAGACUUUGGAUGAUGAUAAACCAGAUUGCGUGGGAAAGAAUAUUUCAGAUAAUUUACUUAAACAAAGAUAUACAAAGCAAAAUACUUCUGAUGUGAACAAUAAACAAGAAUACAAAGCAAAGAGUGCUUCAGACAUGCUGAGUAAACCAGUGGGAACAAAUAUUUCUAAUAUACUGGAAAGGUCAGAAGUAAAAAGUGAUCCUUAUGUCACUGGUAAACAGAAAGAAAAAAUACUUCUUGGUGAAAAUGGAACUGAAUCUUCUGAUUUGUUAAGUAAAUCAAAAGAUCCAGUUAGCACUAAAGUACUAUACAAAGAUAAAACUUUACAACAUUAUACUGAGAAUUUUCCUCCAUCUUCAUUCAUAGCUAAUCAUAGCCAAUCUGAGAAUGGUUUGACUAUGACCCAACUGAUAAGUUUUCUUAACAGUUCAGAGCUAGCCACUCAAAAUGUAUUUUCUCCUCCAAGAAUACACCAAGCAAGUGACGGUGACACACUUAAAGUCUCAGUGCAUACUGAAGCUGACUGUAAAGAUUUUCAAACACCCAUGAUUAAGUUUACCAGUAUUAGUGAAGCUGAAAAAACAAGUCCUGCCAAAAAUAUUGAAGACUGUAAAGGAUCAAUUGAACAUGCAUAUUUAAAAAAGGAACAUGAAAAUAAAGAUAACAAAAGUGUUUUUAAGUCUGACUGUGCCGAUUUUGAUCUAAUGUUUGACUUGGAUGAAAUGGAAGAUCUUGAUUUGGAUGUGUUAAAUGAUAUAGAAGAAGAAAUGAUUCCACCUUCUCCAGUUGCUUCAUCUAGCACAUCUGAUGCACCAAAACAAGCAAGGAAAAAACUUUCUUUGAAUAGAAAUGGUAGCUGUAGAAAACUCUAUAGUUCUAGUGAUGAGAGUGGAUGUACCCCUUUUAUUCCUCAUCCUAUCAAAGAUGAAGAAACAUGUGUUAACAAAAACACUAAAAAACUUGAUCAGCUUACUAAGUCACAGGGAUUCUCUUUUGAAAACCUUAUAGUUGAGAAUAAUAGAGAUAUGACUUGUAAAGACACCAUGGCCCCAAAUUUUACAAAGAUUCAAAGUGCCAAUACAGAAAUAAAUGUUCUGCCUUCCUCUUCCCCUAAAAUUGGAGUAGUGAAACCAUUUCACAGAUCUCCUAGUAAAUCCCCAUUAUUCUCUCCAAUUAUUGCUCAAGAUCAGCCAUCAGAAAAUGACUCUGUUGUCAUAAAAAGAUCCAGAAAAAGGGGCCAUAAUAUAAUCAAUUCAUCACCUAGCUCAUCAGAAGAUAGUUCAUUAAGUAACUGCCAAACACCUUUUAAGCAAGAAAAAGUACAUAGCCAAGACAGUGAUGACUUUGUUCCAUCUAAACCAUGCAAGAGUUUUAGAGUAAGUUGCAAGGUAAAUUCAAUGAACACUAGUAGUAUUGAUGAUGUGAAAGCUACAAAGCUUUUCCCAAUUGAAAAAGGACAAAGGAAUAAGUUUUCAAGACAAGGAGAAGGUUUGGAAUUUUUGGAUUUAGAGGCACAAGUAUCAGAUGAGGAAAAGGCACAUUCUGAAGAAGAAAAUGAAGAUAGCAUUUUAGAUGAAUAUGAAUCCAGUUUCAUUGAUGAUUUAGAAGAUAAUAAAAUAUCCCAACAGCAGGUUGGUAAGAAUGAUGAUACAACACACAUUAUGUAUCUACGUUCAAUCAAGAGCCCUAUUGUCCAUCAAGGGCAGUAUAAACUUAGGUACAAUUUAAAUGCUGAUGUUGAUGUUUUUUCACAGAUAUCCUCGCCCAAUCACAGUGAAUAUGUUGAGGACAGUUUUUGUGUAGCAAAUGACUGUGUGGAAUAUGAAACCAGUCCUUCAAUACUGAAACCUCAAACCCUAAAAAGGCCACAAUUACUGAGAAAGAGAAGAAUUGUUAUGAUGGAUGUGUCUAGUGAGGAAGACGAAGAAGAAAAGAUACCACCUGCCUUGAUAGAAAAGUUUGAGAAAAAUAAUCACUUAGAAACCAUUAAGGAUUUGAAAGCUACCAGUGGCGUUACUGAAUAUUCUGAGCCAUACAAAGUGAUUGGCAAAAUGUCAACAACACUUAGCAGUGAUCGUCAGCAAAAUGUUCUGCCAUGUCAAUCAAAAUGUGUUUCAACUUCUUUGCAAUCUCAUGUUAAAGCAAGCAAACCAUCCAACUGUCAGAUAGAAAAAGCAUUUCUUAAAGAUUACUCUGAUAAUUUUAAUGCUACUCGGGAAUUUGCACUAAGUCAUGAAACCAAACUAUUAUCUAAAUCUGUAAAUGAAAGUAGGCCAGUCAUGAAGGAUGAAUUGCGAAGUCUCCAAAACGUUGUUCCUAAGAUUGAUAUUUCUGUGUCUUGUAAUACUGGACUAAGGGUUGAUCAGUUAACCUGUUCAACUAAUAAAUUAAAAACUUAUCCUAAUCCAAACACAGAGAUCUCCUUUCAAGAAGAAUUGAGAAAACAAAGGUUAUUACGACAGAAACAGAAAAAAGAAGAGUUUUUGCAAAAGUUAAAUGAUAAAAAGGACAGUUGUACAUAUCAGAAAACAAUAUCAAACACAACUGGUACUAAUUCUAAUGCAUUGGUAAAGUUGAAAAGGGAAAGUGAUACAAGUGUGGUGUUUAAUAAAAAAUCUUUCCAGGUGGUAUCAGAAGCUAGUGGACUAACUGUAAUCUCUUAUGACACGAGAAAGUCAGAAGUCAUUCCUCGGGAUGUUCAUUUUGAUAGUUUGCUUAAAAAAAGGUCAAGUUUCAUGAGUCCAGCCUUUAAUAAGCAGAGGAUAACAAACAGUAUUUUACCAAACAACAGUUUAUCACAAGUUUCAUCACCAAAGCAGACUUUGUGUGAUCUUAGUGCUCAGAAUAUUAAAAUGUCAGGUAAUUUAACUACAAUUCCCAGUGUGACUGGAUUAAUGGACAGUGUUAAUAACUCUGUAAAACAUGAAAAGAAGUUAGUUAUUUUAGUUGACUCAAGAGAAAUCAGUAGUGGUCACAUGGUUAUGUCCUGUCUCAGGUCUAAAUACAAAUGUAAAACAGCAGUACAGCAGUUAGUUUAUGCAGACUAUCUUGUUAGUAAUCGUUUAGGGGUGCAUCGUAUUGUGUUAACAGAGUUUGCCAAUGGACAAAAUCGUUCUAAACUCCUCGAGACUGUUCGGACAAUGUGUGAUUUAUAUGAUAGACCUUGCUUGAUCAUCGAAAAGGAGAAAGUAAAACAAGAUGAGAAACCAAAGAUCUUCCACAGAACUAAGUAUUUUGAUAAUACAUUGUCUCAGUUGGUGCAGACUCAUGUGAAAGUUAUUUACUCUGACUCUCAAGAAGAAACUGCUGCUUUGCUCUUUGACUUGGUCCAACAAGAACAUCGAAAGGGAUGGGAUUUACCUCUCUUACCGGGUCCAAACGUAAAAGUAGAACAGGUAUUACAAUUCUACUUAACCAUUCCAUGUGUUAGCUAUGCCACAGCCUUAAAUUUUUUUUAUUCUUUCUCUUCAAUUAAACACUUUAUGGAGAGUUCAAGAGACAAACUUCAAAAAGCUGGUAAAAUUUCUCAAGCAAAGGCCACAGAAAUUUAUAGGUUUCUCAGAGUUUUGAUUAUGGAUUUGAAAUAGAUAUUCUAUUUUCCAAAGUGUAAUAUAUAUAUAUAAACUGUACAAAUGUAUAAUACAAUUAUAUACGGUUAUUUCUACAUAAAUAGGUUGCAUUUGUAUACAGAACUGUUACAGUAUAAAUUGACUUCUUUUGUCCUGUUGUCUAAAAUACAAAGUACAUGUUAAA